AACACACAGAAACCGGCUAUCUCCAGUGCUUCCGGUUUUGCGGUAGCAUUUCCGGCUGAUAUCAUAGUCUGGAAUUAUCCAUUUCGAUUGGCUUCUUCCUCUCAACAACAAAGACAGCAGCAUCUCUAUAAACCACACUUGGUUUUUUAUGAUCUAAGCAUAAAUGGCAGCAGCCCUUUUCACAAGGACCCUCUUGGGUCAUCGCUUGGUUCCUAUCUCCUCCCCUCUCUCCUCCAAACCCCAGAUUUUCACUACCCUCUUCAAUUUGCAGAAGAAACCAUUUCACUCUCUGCUCAAGCCUUCUGCCUAUGUGGUAAAUAAGACACCUAGUUGGCCUGUUAUGGCUUUAUCAAUAGCUGGGAUGAGAGCUAGUUUCUCGACACAGUCUCUGUCUACUAGUGACCCUGUUGUUUCUGUUGAUUGGCUUCAUUCUAACCUCAGGGAGCCUGACAUGAAGGUACUGGAUGCCUCCUGGUACAUGCCAGAUGAGCAGAGGAAUCCCAUUCAAGAAUAUCAGGUCGCACACAUUCCUGGUUCUCUCUUCUUUGAUGUAGAUGGAAUUGCAGAUCGAACAACAAAGUUGCCUCAUAUGUUGCCUUCUGAGGAAGCUUUUGCCGCUGCUGUGUCUGCUCUUGGCAUCCAAAAUAAAGAAGGGGUGGUUGUUUAUGAUGGGAAGGGAAUUUUUAGUGCAGCACGUGUCUGGUGGAUGUUCCAAGUCUUUGGGCAUGACAGAGUCUGGGUACUUGAUGGGGGUCUGCCAAGAUGGCGUGCAUCAGGGUAUGAUGUUGAAUCUAGUGCUUCUAGUGAUGCUAUUCUUAAAGCUAGUGCUGCCAGUGAGGCAAUAGAGAAAGUCUACCAGGGACAGGCAGUUGGGCCAAUUACAUGGGAAAAAAAGGAUAGCAAAUUUUCAGUAUCUGAUGAUUGCAAUCAAUAACUUUUUAUUCUAGUAAAAGUGGGCUACUGGUAUAGAGGCAUAUCCAUUGAAGUAAUAUGAUAAUAAACCUCCUUUUAUUUGAAAUUUUUGCUUGGCUUUGAAAGAGAUUUUAUCCUUCUUGCAGAUUUGAUGGCUCUGCUCCAGAGCCUCGUAAGGGAAUAAGAAGUGGUCAUGUACCUGGCAGCAAGUGCAUUCCUUUUGCCCAGGUAACUGAAAAUUUUCAUAUAACACCUAUUCUUUUGAAGUCACAUAACAUGUAGAUUUAUGAAAAUCUAUGCGAGUGUGUGUGUAACUUCUAAAGUUUGCUAAAUUUUUAAAUUCCUUUAGUUAUUAUUUAAGACCAACAAUUUUCUGAUUCUGUUAUAAAUUAGCAAAAAUAUCUGUGAUGUUUUAAUUAUUUAUGCUGAAGUGCAAAGGGCAAACUCAGUACUUGCUAAGAGAAACCUUUUUUGUUACUUGAUAAGAGAACCUUUGAAAUACCCAUUUUGGGUUGUUAUUGUUUAGGGUUCUAAGAUUCUGUUUUGUUAAUCCCUAUAUUCCCCAUUUUCCAUUCAA